GCAUGAUAAUGACUCAGCCAGGUAACCUAAAGUGUAAGAAGAUCCUUCACGUGGUUGGAGAUUCUGACCCAGUAAAAAUCAACAAGGUUGUGAAAGAUGCACUUCAGAUGUGUGUGAAAAGCUCCUACACCUCUGUAUCAUUUCCUGCAAUUGGCACAGGUCAAGGUAAUGCACAAGGAAGACUGGUGGCAGAUGCCAUGUUGGAUGCAGUGAUUGAUGCGUUGAGGCAAAAUACCUCCAGUCCCCUGACCACAAUCCGCAUAGUUAUUUUCCAGAAAGCUAUGCUAAAAGACUUCCACAGCAGCCUGGAACAGAGAGCAGCUACUGAUCGCAAGCCUAAGGAUAAACGAAAGGGGACCUUGGCAGGCAUUGCCUCCAAAUUCAAAGUGCUGAACAUUGAGCGGAUCCAGAACCCUGGAUUGUGGAAGCGUCUACAGAUCAAGAAGCGUGACUUGGAGUUGAGAAAUGGUCAUCAGAAUAACGAGAGACGCCUUUUCCACGGCACCUGCAACACAACUGUGCCAAUUAUCAAUGACCGUGGCUUCAACAGGAGCCAUUCAGGAAAGAAUGCUGCAUUUUAUGGUGAUGGCACAUACUUUGCUGUCAAUGCUAGUUAUUCUGCCAAUGACACCUACUCCAAGCCAAAUCAGAACGGGGAAAAGUUUAUGUACGUCUGCCGAGUUCUGACUGGUGACUUCACUCUUGGACAACAAGGCAUGAUUGAACCACCAGCAAAAGGCACUGCCUCCACUGACCUGUACGACAGUGUUGUGGACAACCUGACCAAUCCCACCAUGUUUGUUGUCUUCCAUGAUGACCAUGCUUAUCCUGAAUAUUUGAUUACAUUUAAGUGAAGUAGAUAAAAACUUCAGGAAAAUGUUUUUUAGAACAGUCUGCAGCCUGAUUUUACCUGCAGUGUUCUUGAAAAUCAUGUGAGGAUAGAUGCCUGUUUAUAUGACCAUCAAAGGAACAAAUUUGAUCAUCGGUGAUAUACAUUUUUUCUGAACAGCAUCUGUUCACUGAUUUUAUUAAUUUUCUUUGAACAAAUAUAAAUACCUUCCAAUUACACACUGGUAAAAAGAUGCUCUUGUGUUCAGUUCAGGGGUGUGAUUGGGAGGAACAACCUCCAGAGCUGAAAUUCUGCCUAUAAUUUUGAUGAACAGAAUUUCUAAGUAUAGCCAGUUCGAGGAAGGCUUCCACUUAGGUGGUCUUAGAAUUUAAUCCCUGCUUUUUAGGAUGAUGUGGUUCUGUUGGCUUCAUCAGGUGGUGGCGUCCAGCUCACACAAUUGACAGCCAGAUGUGAAGCAGCAGGAAUGAGAAUAAGCACCUCCAAAUCUGAGGCCAUGGUCCUCAGCUAGAAAAGGGUGGAGUGCGCACUUUAGGUCAGGGAUAAGUUACUGCAAGUGGAAGAGUAUAAGUAACUCAGGAUACUAAGGCAGAGGGAGAUCGAACUAAGAUGUUUCCAGAUUUCUUUCAAUACUUUGUCAUGUUAAUAUGUGUUUGAGUGUGUCUGUGUGUUUCUGUGGAUAACUAAUCAAUUUUGAUUUUAUUUUCAUCAAGAAUAAUAAAUUCCUGUCUUCAACUCCAA